CGCGUUUGUAAAGUGCAUGAGGGUGACCGCUCCGCGCUUGCCGUAGUCGAGGCCCACUGGGGAUGACGUUUCCGAGCGAGUUGACGCGCGGAGUCCAUCGCCGCCUCCUCCUCCUCGCGUGGCGGUGCCGGCGGUGAUGGUGGAGCCCGGCGAGGAGGCCAUGCGGCAACUCUUCAAGUUCUACCGCCGGCGCCGCCCACCGCCCGACCUGGGCGGCGUGCUGGACCUGCGCGAGGCUGCACGGCACCCGGACACGGUUUACCGCGCCCGGCUGGAGGCGUCGGGACUCGACGGUGAGGCCCAGCGAGUGGGCCUGCAGCCUGUGUCGCAGUGGAGAGCCUACGGCCUCAACGGAUACCCCGGUUUCAUCUUCAUCGUAAACCCCUUCCUGCCGAGCGGCCAGCGCUUCUGGGUGCGCCAGUGCCUCAAGCUGUACCCGCAGAAGCCCAACGUGUGCAACCUGGACGCCCACGAUCCGCAGCGCGACGACGUGUGGGCCUCAGGCAUAAGGGCCGGCAAGGGCCCACGGGAGCCACGGAGCCUCUUGGAGAAGCUGCGCUGGGUCACACUGGGGUACCACUACAACUGGGAUACCAAGCGCUACUCUGCGCACCACCGCUCGAGUCUCCCCGUGGAGGUCUCCGGCGUGGCCGGGAUCCUCGCCGCCGCCUGCGGCUUCCCCACGUUCUGUGCCGAGGCGGCCAUCUUGAACUUCUACCGUGCCGACUCGGCCCUGGGGCCUCACGUGGACGAGUCGGAACUGGACCUCAGCCAGCCGCUCGUCUCCUUCAGUUUUGGCUGCUCCGCGGUGUUCCUGCUCGGAGGGCUGCGGCGCGAAGACCUGGCGCUGCCGCUCUUCAUGCACAGCGGUGACGUCAUGGUGAUGUCGGGGGAGUCGCGGCUGCGCUACCACGCCGUGCCACGCAUCCUCGACUCGGGCGGCGCACUCCCGGAGUGCCUGCGGGAGCCCUCGUGCCCACGGGAAGCCGCGAGGGACCACGCGGAGCCGGAUCCCUCGAGCCGGGGCGACGCCGGGGCGAGUGCCGCGGAGCCGGACGCCGUGAGCGCCGCCGACUGGGAGGUGUGCGCGCGCUACCUGCGCGAGUCGCGCGUCAACGUGACGGUGCGGCAGGUGGCCGCCCCCGGGGAAGCCGUGCCCAACACGGAGCCGCCACCCCACCAGGACGCCGCUGCCAUCGUCACCCAGCAGGGCGGCUACAGCGACGGUGAUGCUCACAACCACGAUGAAGAGGGCCACCGCCAUAGUAAAGAAGACACGGGAUAGCCGUGCGGGAUUAUGGGAACGGGGGAUUAUGGGAGCGGAGAACAUAUCGAUGCACGCGUUUGGGCGUAACGGCCGAGGCUGCAAGGAAGUCCGGGCAGCGCUGUGCCGUGUGCUUCCCGCGGGAGAGUUUGUCGACAGCUUCCUGCCCACUUGCUCGCGACCCCUUGACCUCUCUCUGACAUGCCCACGAGAUCAUGAGACCCGUGCCACGGGGGUUGACGUCGAUGCCGCAUUUGUUCGUGUGGGAGACCAGCAGCAGCACCAGAGAGAAACGUUCAAGUGGUAAUAAUUACGUUCACUGCCCAGGGAUGUUUUGCCACAAUACAUCAUCGGUUGUUACGCGUUACUUUUAAACGUGCGUCUUAUCUUUAAAGAGCCAAUUCCUGUGCAGCAAUCGAAUGAACUGUGACAUUUUAAGGAAAUAAAGGAUUUGUUCAAUGGUUAA